AUGGCCGAGUUCCCGUCGAAAGUGAGCACGCGGACCAGCAGUCCCGCGCAGGGCGCCGGCGCCUCCGUCUCCGCGCUGCGCCCGGACCUGGGCUUUGUGCGCUCCAGCCUCGGUGCGCUCAUGCUGCUGCAGCUGGUGCUGGGGCUGCUGGUGUGGGCCCUGAUUGCCGACACCCCAUACCACCUGUACCCGGCCUACGGCUGGGUCAUGUUCGUGGCUGUCUUCCUCUGGCUGGUGACAAUCGUCUUCUUCAUCCUCUACCUGUUUCAGCUGCACAUGAAAAUGUACAUGGUGCCCUGGCCACUGGUGUUAAUGAUAUUCAACAUGGGCGCCACUGUUCUCUACAUCACGGCCUUCAUCACCUGCUCUGCCGCCGUGGAGCUGACGUCCCUGAAGGGCACCCGGCCUUAUAACCAGCGUGCGGCCGCCUCUUUCUUUUCGUGUUUAGUGAUGAUUGCCUACGGAGUGAGCGCUUUCUUCAGCUUCCAGGCCUGGCAGGGAGUGGGCAGCAAUGCGGCCACCAGUCAGAUGGCUGGGGGCUACGCCUAGACCACGCGUGCCAUGGCCCCCAGCGUGGGGCGGCCCACAAGCCCGAGGCCUGAGCCCUCUGUGGAGUCGGCCUAGAAGGGACUACGCUUGCUCUGCUCUGCUCGUCAGACUCCUAAGGAAUCAGGAUCGUUCCCUCUGGUUUGGCCCAAGUCAGCAUGCACAGGGGCUGGAAGGAGGCCAGUGGCUGGGACCGCCUGCCCAUCCUCCGUAUGUAGUGGAAGGCGACGGGGGAUACAGGCCUCUCAGUGUCUCUGCUUUGUCUUUAGAAGACCUCAGUGUCCCAGGCUGGGGCCCAGGCUUCUCACCAACACUAAGUACACUAACAAGGACUCCAGACCUGCAGUCCCUGACCUUCUGUAGAAUAAACCUAACAAGCCAUGUGUAUUUAUCUUAGUCUUUGUUCUGGGACCGCAGAGCAAGUUUUUGAAACUGGUCUGGGUCCUUAAAAACACAGGGGUUUUUUUUGUUACUGUUUUGGGGGGUUUUUUGUAAGUAAGUCUUGAACUCACAAC